GAGCUUCUCUGCGUCGCCGAGGAGAGAAGGAAUCCGAUCGAGCGUUUCCCGAGCAGUAGCGACAGAAAAUGGCUGUGACGAUGGACAACGUCAUCAGGUUCAUGUUCAUCCUUAGCGUCGUCUACGGCGCCGCAUAUGCCAAAAAGUCUGAGGCCAAGGUCGCUAGUGCUCCUGGCCUAGCAGCGGCGGUCAACACGGUCUUCGACAUCACCGAGCUCGGCGCCGUCGCUGACGGCAAGACAGAUAGCACCAAGGCGGUCCAGGAUGCAUGGGACGCGGCGUGCGGGUUGGCCGGGUCACAGAAGGUGGUGAUCCCCAAGGGAGAAUUCAUGACCGGGCCCCUCAACUUCAGCGGGCCGUGCAAGGGCUACGUCACCGUCCAGAUCGAUGGCACCAUGUUUGGCUCCAACGACAUCCCCAAGUACAACAAGGGCAACUGGAUCGAGAUCCUCCACAUCGACAACGUCCUCGUCAACGGCUCCGGCACCCUCGACGGCCAGGGCGCCGCCGUCUGGAAAGACGAAUGCAAGAUCUUGCCCAACACGUUGGUGCUGGACUACGUGAAGAACGGGACCGUGUCGGGGCUCAAGCUGGUGAACGCCAAGUUCUUCCACAUCAACGUGUACAUGUCCAAGGGUGUGACGAUCAAGAACGUGACCAUCACCGCGGUGGCGAACAGCCCGAACACGGACGGUGUCCACAUCGGCGACUCGUCGGAGAUCAGCGUGUCGGACGCGACCAUCGCGACGGGGGACGACUGCAUCUCCGUGGGGCCGGGGAGCUCGCGGAUCAGCAUCCAGGGGAUCACCUGUGGGCCCGGGCAGGGGAUCAGCGUGGGGUGCCUGGGCAGGUUCAAGGACGAGAAGGACGUGACGGACGUGACGGUCCGCGACUGCGUGCUCCGCAACACCUCCAACGGCGUCCGGAUCAAGUCGUAUGAGGACGUGCUGUCCCCGAUCACGGCGUCCAGGCUAACGUUCGAGAACAUUCGGAUGGACGGGGUGGCCAACCCGGUGAUCGUGGACCAGAAGUACUGCCCCGAGAAGGACUGCCCCGAGAAGAAGGGGAGCAAGACGGUGACCAUCAAGAACGUGACGUUCCGCAACAUCACCGGCACCUCCAACACGCCGGAGGCCGUCAGCCUACUCUGCUCUGACCAGCUGCCCUGCAGCGGCAUGGAGCUGCUCGACGUCAACCUGAAGUACGACGGCAAGGACAACAAGACCAUGGCCGUCUGCACCAACGCCAAGGGCAUCUCCAAGGGCUCGCUCCAGGCCCUCGCUUGCCUCUGAUCUCGAUCCAUCCAUCGUCGACCGGCGUUAUAUCAUCUCUCUAUCUAUCGUCGUCUGAUAUAUGUAUAAUUCGCUUAUAUAGUAUGUACUAGAAACACAACGGGGCUUUGCCGAGUGUACAUGCGCCAGCCCAAUUGGGCCAAAUAGAGGUAUUACCUGUUACAUUUAUAUGAACAGGAGUGAAUGGCAAAAAAUUAAAAAUCAUUAUCAA